AUCUACAUAUAUUGAAGAGAAUCAAAAUAAAGAACUUGCCGUGGUGUUGCGGUAUACUGAAAUGACACGUCUACUUCAAUUAACGUUGUUCUUGAUUAUUGUCUUUAUUUCAUACUUCGAGUAUUAUUUUUACCACUUCACAACGCAAACUUCUUUUUUAGUCCGGCCAGUUUCACGUUGUCGCACUUCAAGUGAUGGAAAUCCUCAAAAGAAUGAUUCAUGCGCAUUUGCACGGACUUUAGUAACCUUUGAGCUAAGAAAUAGGCUUGGAAAUCAAAUUUGCGAGUACAUUCAUUUAAUUGUGAUCAACGAAACUUUCUGUGUCGACAUACGGACGACUCCCGCCAUGCACAAGACACUGACGGCCAUCUUUCCCAACCUCUCCGUGGCACCACUGACGAAUUCAUGUCAAGAGCGUUUGAAUCAAGAACCGGAAAUGAGGUACCUGCAAGCCAUCAGGACGCUGCAGAACACAUCUCACCCCGUCAACUUCGUCAGGAUCGCUGACACUCCUUGUCACAUCGCGCAGAUUUGGCAAUACCGAGAAAAAUGGCGGCCCGACCUGGUCGUAGAACCAACGCUGAAGGCUCAUGCAGAAAGCCGCCAGCUGAAGAUGAAGCAGGAUUGGUUGCAGUCCCAGAACUCCUCUCGAAUUCAAAAUGUCACGAUAGUAGGAGUUCAUGUCCGACGGAGCGACUACGUGGCUCUUCUCAAAAUCCACCACAUUGGGAUCAAAAGCUGCUUCCUGCACGAUAUUUUUUAGCAGCUUUCCAGUACUACAGAGAAAGGUUCCAUAAUUGUUUGUUCAUCGUGAUUACCGAACCUGGAGAAUAUGAGUGGUGCCGCCAAAACCUUGCUCGUAACUCAACUGAUGUCAUCGUAGCAGACGACAAAUGUCAUGCUCAACAAGACUUUGCUCUACUGUCAACUUUCAAGCAUUUUAUUUAUUCCUUUGGAACUUUCGGGAUUUUGGGCAUUUUCCUGUCUAACGCUAAAACUGUCGUGUAUCCUCACGCUGCUAUGGACGGUAAAAAUUUGAGAUAUUUUUUUAUUCAGAUCUAGAUAAGAUCAGUUCUGAACAAGAUCAAAUCGAGUUCAUUCAGAUAAAAUUCUGAUUGAAGUUGUUCAAAAAUGUACAGUAGAUGAUUUUAGUUAUAUAUAUAUUGAGCGUAUGCUCCUGAAAGUGGAAUCUUUUAACGCAAAACGCUGAUUAUAUGAAAUUCAAAACAUUGGACAUUUCAAAUCGUUGAUUGGCACUUGAGAUUUAUGUGAUAUUCAUGUGGUUUACGUCAUACACCGUGAAACCCAAGAGUAAAAAAAGCAAUAAAAUGUUUAAAGUGGCCGAGUGGUUAAAGUUCCGAACGCCAAAGUUUGAGCAAUGUUACCAGCAAUCAACUGUGAAAAUUCCGGUCGAAAUUGACGAGGAUGCCGGGCGGUUAAUUAAGAGAAGCGGAGAUUGGAGCAGUAAAUUGAGUGUUCCGAAGCUGUAAAAAUUCUGCAAUGAUCAGAAUCGGCAAAAGGCCUAGUAGCUUCAAUCUUCGACGCUAAACAGCCAUUGUAUUAUUAUUGUUUGUACUAUUAUUAUUGUUAUAAUUUAUAAGAUUAACAGCCGACCAUAAGUGACUUUCUGUCUCCAAAAGUGUGGGGCGUGCCCGCUGGUAGGGCACGGCGACACGGCACCUAUAGUAGAGGUGACAGGCUGGAUUCAAUUUCUUGCCUUUCUUAUUUAAUUCACUCUACUCAAAAUGCAAUGACAACAACGACCAUACUUAUGCUCAUAAACAAAAAUUUAAAUAUAAUUUCAAACGAUAGGCCGAUAAGGUAAUUCAUGUUCAGCCUUGACCCCAUGUUGAGGUACACUCGUAUUCUGUAUGCGUAGUUCUUGAUUUAAUCUUAUUGAAAUUCUGUCUGCAGCUAUGCCGAGUUUCAUCGCAUUCAAGAGUACAAAUUUAUUUAUUAUAACAAAUUUAUGAUAUCUGACUCCACCUUCAAGCUGAGAUUAACAGCUCAAAUUUUUGCGUGGAUUCUGUUCUGUAUUGGAGAGGAUACGUAUC